AUGAAAAUUGCUGUCGUAGGAUGUGCGCACGGAGAACUAGAUAUUAUAUAUGAAACAACUGAAUAUUUGGAAAAGGAAAACGACAUAAAUAUUGAUUUAAUUCUUUGCUGUGGAGAUUUUCAAGCUACUAGAAAUCUCGAAGAUUUAAAGUGUUUAGCUGCUCCGCCAAAAUAUAGAAGUUUAUGUACUUUUUACAAAUAUUAUUCUGGGGAAAAAUUAGCACCGAAAUUGACAAUUUUUGUCGGAGGGAAUCAUGAAGCGUCCAAUUAUUUACAGGAACUACCUUACGGCGGUUGGGUAGCGCCAAAUAUUUACUACCUUGGAUAUGCAGGAGUAGUCAAUAUAGCUGGUAUACGAAUUGCAGGAUUAUCUGGAAUAUUUAAAGGCACAGAUUUUGCUAAGGGUAGAUAUGAAAAACCACCUUAUGAUAAUGAAUCAUUAAGAAGUUGUUAUCACAUUAGAAAUUUAGAUGUAUUUAGGCUCAAACAGUUGUCUUCUCCUAUCCAUAUAAUGUUAUCGCAUGAUUGGCCUGCUAAUGUAAUCAAUCAUGGAAACACCAAACAAUUAUUAAAAAAUAAACCUUAUUUUAAAGAAGAUAUAGAGAAAGAUAAUCUUGGAAGUAAACCUACGGCUGAAUUACUUGAAAUAAUAAAACCAAACUAUUGGUUUGCCGCUCAUUUACAUGUGAAAUUUGCUGCGAUUGUCAAACAUAACGACGAUGAAAAUACAUCUACAAAAUUUUUAGCUCUUGAUAAAUGUCUUCCAAGAAGAAAAUUUUUACAAGUUGUGGAUAUUCCACAUGAUGAAAAAAGCGAAAUGGUUUUGAAAUACGAUUUAGAAUGGUUAACAAUACUCAAUUCGACAAAUCAUUUAUUAAGUAUUAAAAAAUUAAAUUCUUACUUACCAGGACCAGGAUCUAAAGAAAGGUGGAAAUUUACUCCUACGGAAGAAGACAUGAAUGUCGUAAUGAAAAAAUUUAACAACGAUUUAACUAUUCCUAAAAAUUUUGCUCAAACUGCAGAACCUCACAAUCCUAAUUGUGAUGCUGAAUCAUGUGCAAAUAUAAAAAUUAAUUCUCAAACUGUGGAAUUUUGUCAGAAAAUAUCAUAUCAAAUAAUUUCGAAAGUAGUUCAUUUAUAA